AUGUACAGUGAGGCUAACCAGUGCAUAGCUGCGGCCAAAGCAAAAGGAAUGCUCCUAGAACCGGAGGAAUGGAACAGCGAGAGUUGUGCGGUGCCUGUGGCAAUGUUUCGAGCAGACCGGAUGCCUUACACGGGCACGCCAAGGAACAAACGGAUGACACAGCCCACAUUUGCAAAGCAUCUCAAGCAGGAAGUGAUGACCUACGUCGCUGCCAUCCGCCGUGGACGUCCCUCUCCGCGCCGGCACCAGAGUGCUGGAACUCUUGAAUUUCGUCGCCAGUUGCCGCCACCAAGCCAGCCGCCCAUCAGCUCGCUCAACUCCCUGAGGAAGACACACCCGACGCACUUGAGUCGCAAAUCUGCUUUACGACAAUCGACACAUGUGCUCGGCGCUUACGUAUUGCAUGAGUGUGACUUUUGUCGACACAUGUUCCAAACCAUCCCGGACUUUUUGGUGACUGUGGCUCCUGCUGCGUUCCCGAAUAGAGGUGAAAGGCGUUACAAAUGCGAAGCCUGUGGCAAACAGUUCCACUGGGCUUGGGAUCUAGCUAAACAUCAGCGUACUCACACAGACGAGAGACCAUACAAAUGCCAAAUAUGUGAAAAAAUGUUCCGGCAGGCUGGUCAUCUAGAUAACCAUAAGCGCACGCAUACAGAUGAGAAACCCUACCUUUGCAUAACAUGCGGAAAAACGUACAAGUCACCGUCCAAUCUCCGUAAACAUGAGCGCACUCACCCAGAGGAGAACCGCCAUGCAUGCCAAAAAUGUGCUAAAUCAUUUGAAAACAAAUAUAACCUCAAGAGACAUGUAGACACGCAAUGUGGAAACAGCGCUUUCAUUUGCGAAAUCUGUGAUCGAUUCUAUAUGACCAAAUCAACUCUCAUUCGUCACCGCCGAACAAAGCACGCGGAUAAAGCACCAUAUGACUGUACGCAGUGCGGAUGUCGAUUUGCAGACCAAGAAAUACGCGAUAGGCAUGUGUGCCAGAAGGAACGCAGGAUGUGAACGAUGCUGUCUGGUUUUUCGAAAUUGCGCGACAAGACCUCGUCGCCAGAAGUAUUUGUGAUGCUUCGAUGUUGAAAGAUACUGCAGGUCCUGGCCAGCGCUCACUGUCUCAUGAACUAUCUUUUUGGUGAAUGUUGCUUUAUCAAACUGACUUUCAGACAAACCCUAAUUGGCUGCAAGAUAGUGUUUUGUGUAAUUAGAUGCUAAAAUCUCCACAAAAGAUCAGUGACCCCCAUUUGGUUUGAGAAACUUCUUGUGGAGGUCUUUUGACAGUGUACCAGCGAAGAAGAUUUGAUGAACCAUAUUCGUAAUAAUAUUGCAGCGUAAACAGAAUGUAAUAUCUCUUUAGGGAGCAUUUGAGAAAGGAGGUACUGUAUUCUUGUCAACUAAAAAGUAAUUUCUGCCAUUAAUCGAGGUCCAGAGGCAAAAUUGCCUUCGAGAGAAAGCACUUGCAGAUGCUUUUACGACAAUGCUUAGCUACAUCGUACGCGUAUGAAAAGUAUCUGCUUGAGAAAGUUUGUUCAAUGCAUUGACCGUUCUUUGGCGCCUGUAUUCAUACCGCAAAUGUUUUUUCUAUACCAUAAAAUAAGCCGAUGAUGAUAGUCAGACAGUACUAGACUCAGAUCAUUUGAAAAUUCAUUAUAUGACAUGGUCUCCUCCUAGGAAAAUUUUUAGUUGUUUUAUUGUGGCAGGACUUCUGAAGUUUCAUGGAAAUCUUUUUAUCCACUCGGAAGUCGUCUGUUUUGACUCGGACUGCUCUCGUAGCAGCUGUAAAAUCUUUUUAGCCUGAUGGGACAGACGCUUCUGUGCAAAAAUGACAAAUGUUUAACAUGACAAUUAGGUUUUCAUAUAUGUUUCCAUGCUUACUUUUAUAUAUUUUUCCUGUGGACGCAUUUUUCCGGCUAACAAAUGUUACGUUACCGCUCAGCGCAUUACGCGCCUGCGUGCAUCAGAACAUUCUAGAUCUUUGUCACCAAUCAUAUUUUUUUCUUUCUGUGCUUUGGUCGCACCUUUCAUAACCAAACUGCAUGCUCAAUACGAAUUCAAGUGUGCAUUCUUGAAGGCUUGCAAGCACCAACGCUUACGCUACAAUCUUGAACGAAUGAUGCAUGAAUAUCCGACAAACGUUAGGCUCCAAUCACUGAUUCGGCGAUUGAUGUCUACGCUCGUCACUAUCUUCCUGCCCGAAUGUAACUCAUUUUGUGCCUUCCCGUUCCCCGAUAAGAGUUAGUUGCGUGACUGAAGUUUCUUGCUAGUGCAUUGUUCACCGUCACUACAACGUUGCAUCUCGUAGAGGGGCUUGCUGUGACCGGACACACUCGGCAAGCCAUGAAAACAACAUACACAUUGUCAUAGGCUACUGAGCUUGCCACAACAUACAACCGCGCGUGUACGCUCAUGUGGCCGCGAAUGCCAGGAACAUCAUGGCCCAAUCAGCAGUCCCAAUGACAAUCCUUGUGUCGCCAGCAACGAUCACGCUGCAACAGCCAAUGAAGCCACCGUUAUCCACAGAACAUCGUUUAAGAUCCGGAAAGCUGACUGCAAACAGAAGCAUAAAUCGCCACAUAUAACAAAUGAAAGUGCGACUAGCAGCGUCAGGACGAUUUCUCAUUAAAAGACACCACUAGGAUGCGGUUUAAAAUACGAGCCUCCGGCAUAACAGCGUGGGAGCUGUUUUGCAGGGGCUUCCUACAAACAUUCACGAGCGCCUUGAGCAAGAAGCAGGAUAAAACCAUGAUAUAAUCUUGUGUGCAGCUUCCGAAUGAGCACAUCUCGAUGAUCACGGAAGAUAUGAACCGUUUGUUAGGCACGCCCACCCUGAUAUGUCGGAUAAGAAAGCGUGUUUCCUCAUGCGCGGUUUGAGGCAAGAGAUUGACGGCGGACUGAUUCGUAAACCGGCCAAGACCGUCGCGAAACUUCUAACAGAAGCCACAUCGACAAGGCGCUGAAAAUGCGCACUCGGCAACAUAGCCGCCUAGGGCUUUCGCUGAAGUGAAAAAUACGGGCACUAGGCUCCGACAAUCUCCCAAAGCCCAUCGGAGCCGUUUUACGCGAAUGACUGCGUAGGAAGUUCGGUUCGACGCAGCCUCAAUAGCCUUAAUUGCGGACAUUCUCUGAGGACAUAUCCAGAAGUCAUUAUGAGUCCCUGGGUCUUCGCAGCUCAAGCAGUCAGUGAUGACUUAGGUCGCUGUAAUCCGCCGUCGACGUCCGCCUCCGCACAGGCACAAGAGUGCUGGAACUCUUUAAUUCCGUCGCCAGUUGCCGCCACCAAGCCAGCCACCCAUCAGCUCACUCAACUCCCUGAGGAAGACACACGUAUGGUGUGCACCCGGCCACUCCCCGCUCUGCCGUCACAGCGGAAAUACAGGCCACAUCUACUGUCGAUAACCAGACCUUGACAUGGUACAACCAUGCUUCACGUGCUAUAUCUCGUCGUUCAUUGCGAGGCGAGCGACCGCGUUAAAUUCCCAACUACUUGAUUGCAACUCGGGGGAGAGCCCGGCGAUUUUCCCGAUCGUCCUCUCGCUGCAGUGCCCUCAGUAGAAUGGCCCAUUACGUGGCCAGUAUUUUCGUGAACACAUAUUCAGUAGACUACACGAACUAGCAAUGACACGCUGUAAUUUCGACGAACC